AUGAAGUGCACGUCGACGCUGUCCCUCGUUGCGCUCGCCGCCGCCGCCCUCGCCGGCGCGCAGGAGAGCACGUCGACCGCGUCGUCGGUCACGCUCACGCUCGAGAAGAGCGUCCCCAUCUCCGAGUCGACCACCUUCACUGCCGGCUCGACCUCCAUCCCGGUCACGGUUCUCAGCACCGCGACCUCCGGCACCGUGGGCGGUACCACCGAGACCGUGUCCGAGACGACAAGCACGGUCCCCAGCACGACCGCCACUGGCGUCUCCACGACCGUCACUGGCAUCUCCACGACCUCCGGGAGCGGAGUCACCCGCUCGUCGCCGAGCGCCACGCUCUCGCGCGCGUCGGGCUCGGACACGAGCACGGGGACGGCGCCCAGCCCGACAAAUUCGAACGCCGCAGGGAAACUGGGGGGCGCGGGCGCUGCGUCCACAUACGCGCUACUAGUGCUAGUGCUCGCCGCCGCCGCGCAGGAGUCCACCACCACCACCGCGUCGUCGGCCGUCACGAUCCAGACGAGCCUCCCGGGUACCUCCGCCGCCGCCUCGACGUCUUUCCCACUCACGGUGAUCAGCACCGCGUCCUCGGGGAGCGUCCCCGCCGCCACCAGCGCCCCCUCCACCACCGAGACCACGACGCUCCCCAGCCCCUCCACCUCCACCUCAAUUAUUUCCACUUCGUCCGUGACGGUCCCCACCCCGUCGACGACGCUCACCCUGCCCUCCGCGAGCCGCACGUACACCGGCACGCCGUCCGUCACGCUCUCCAGGACGAGCACCUCGCCCAGCGCGAGCAGCUCGAACGCCGCCGGACGGCUGGGCGGGAAGGGGCUCGCUGUGGGAGUAGGCGCGGGGAUGGGGAUUGUCGCUGCGCUGGUGUAGCGUGAGGACGGGAUACGAUCGAGGGAGUGCGGGCUGUUGUAGUUGGAUGCGGGGAGGGAAAGGGCUCUGGAUGUUGUUGUAUCGCUGCUGCUUGGGACGCUUAGAUAAAUUACGCCCCGUUGUUGUUGUUGUUUUGUUAUUGAAUGCACAUCACGAUAUCGACCAACCAAUCCCUAUAUGCAUGCUCCAACUUGUAACCCUCUAAAUCGUCUACACUCCCCCCCACACACACGCACUAAUACGCAACACUACCCCCAACACUCCUCCACCAGCCUCCCCGCCCUCUCCAGCCCCUCCACAUACUCCCUCGCCUCCG